UCCCUCAGCGGCCUUCACGGUUCUGUAGUGACAGUUAGCUGCCCGUUCAUUUGCCUGUGUAAAAAAAAAAUUGUCAGGCAGCGCCGGGGACAGCUUCCCGCCCGGCCUCCCGCUUGUUACAGCACAGUGCUGUGUGUUUACUGGGAGUUAGUGGCAGCUCUAUGGGAUGGGAUACACAGUGUAUGAAACGGGCUUUACAACAGACACCACCUGGAGCUACACACAGGUUUCAAUGACAAUGAGAGAUUACUGUUAUGUGUAAAUCCAUGUCCUAAAAUUAGAAUACUCUCUUAACGCAAAAUGUCUCUGUCUCCUGAGAAAGCAACUGAACUGAAACAAAUCAUCCAUGAGCAACUGACCCGGAUGGAUGUGCAUGGUAAAAUACGAGCAGUUUUGGCUGAAACAUUGAAGGAUGAGUUCAAGACGGACAGUCAACACUUGUCAGAAGAAGAUUUAAUGAUGGCCUUAAGACAGCGGGGAGUGAUUGAGGACGUUGUAAAUGAACUACGUUUUAAUGAGGAACACAUUUCUAGGAACUUUACCUCCACGCCAAAACCAGCAACACAUUUCAUCGAUACAGAACAAAGAACACUGAAAAAAACUAAUAUUGACCCAAUGCGGAGAUAUCUUCACCUUCAAAUCCUGGGUGGAAAAGCUUUUCUGGAGCAUCUUCAAGAACCAGAGCCUCUUCCAGGACAGGCUUGCUCCACAUUCACAAUCUGUUUGCACUUUAGGAACCAACGUUUUCGCUCCAAACCUGUACCAUGCGCCUGUGAACCAGACUUUCAAGAUGGCUUCUUGCUAGAAGUUCAUAAAGACAACCUAGGUGAUGGGAGCCGAAUGGCAGAUGCAACAACCAUGCUGUCAAUCUGUGAUCCUGUGCAGUUGAUACUGAUCAAGUUGGACACCACUGGUGAAACCACUUUAGUUGCAUCCCACUUUCUCGAAUGGCGCUCUGUUCUCGAAUCAGAAACUGGGACAACAAGCCUGGCCGUGGAGCUCCUGGGAGUUGGAGCCGAAUGCAAAGUUUCCGUUGGCGUUUUGAAUGUGAAACUUGAGCUGUAUCCGCCAUUAAGCAAGAUUCUAUCUCAGGAAAUCGUUAAAACUCAGCUUUCCAUAGAACGUCAGAAAACGGCAGAGAAGGAGAGGCUAUUUCUGGUCUAUGCUAAACAGUGGUGGAGAGAAUACUUACAAAUUCGACCUUCACAUAACACAAGGCUUGUGAAGAUAUUUGCACAGGAUGAGAAUUGGAUAAACCGUCCAGUGUGUUCCUAUGUUCGUCCUCUCAGAUCAGGGCGGCUCCUGGACACUCCACGGCAAGCAGCACGAUUUGUCAGUGUCCUGGGUUUUGAGAAGGCUCCGGUUGUUGGGGGUGGUGGCAAACAAGAACAGUGGUGCACCCUUUUGGCUUUUCUUUGCCGAAAUAAGGGGGACUGCGAGGAUCAUUGUAACCUUCUGUGCAGCCUGCUGCUUGGGUUUGGGUUGGAUGCUUAUGUCUGCGUCGGGACAAAGGGAAAGGGAGUUGCUCACACUUGGGUGAUGACAUAUGGGACAGAUGGCACGGUCACAUUCUGGGAGAGCUUGAAUGGACACAGAUAUUUGCAUAAACCAAUUAAUCCCGAUGCCCCACCAAUGGUUGAACAGCCCAAGUGUGAGUACCCAUACCGCUUGAUUGGCUGCAUCUUUAAUCACCAGUGUUUCCUGGCCAACUGCCAGCCCUCGGAUUCUGUUGAACUAUGUGUUUUUGAUCUGAACGAUGAGUCCAGAUGGAAGCCUAUGAGUGAGGAAGCCAUUAAAUCUGUGUGCUCCCCAGGAUCUACCACUUCCCUUCCUCCAUUCCCCCCGCUCUGCAGUUCAGUGGUUGAUGCUGCAACAGAAAGUAAUGACCUUGAGUUACAACUGAGAUUCCUUGUGUCGGAGUACAGGAAGGAUUUAGGUCUCACCACUGUCUGGGAAGAUCAUCUAUCCUACCUCUUAACGCCUGCAUUAGCCUCAUAUGAGAUUGAGCGGACCACAGGAAUAUGUGCUGGGAAUGAGGAGUUUCAGGAUUCCAUAAGAAGGGCUGUUCCCAAUGGCCACACUUUUAAGGGAUUCCCUAUUCAUUUUGUCCAUAGAAAUGCAAGGAGAGCAUUUGCUACAUGUCUGAGAUCUCCAUUUUGUGAUGAGAUAUUAUCCUGCCGUGGGGAUCAGAUCAGACUUGCUGUCAGAGUGCGUGUUUUCACGUACCCAGAAUCUGCUUGUGCUGUGUGGAUAAUGUUUGCAUGUAAAUAUCGCUCUGUGUUAUGACACACACACACUACCUCUUCAUUCUAAGCAUUCAGACUAUGUUUACCAAGGACAGUU